ACUUUCCCCAUCAUCAUCAUCAUCAUCAUCACCACACGCGAUGCACAUCAGAUCUGUACCAGACGCAUAGCGCUGCUCUUAUUCAACAGUUGAGGACGUGAGCUGUAGACGUGUGUGUUCUGCAUCAGUGUGUCACUGACUCCGGCUCUGAAGGAUCCUCUCACAGCACUGCGGCGAGUGGAAAACUUGUGUGGGAUAGUCUCACCUUUACACUGCAGUCUCGCCUGUCCCCGUCGCGUUAGAGAUCGCUGUUACUCGUCAGGUCGAUCAUUUCAGCCCUCCUGCCAUAUACAGCGGCCAUUCUUCAACAGAGGCUUAUAUCCUUAUUAACAAACGCAGGGGAUGUUUCUAUUUUAACCUCUUCAGAAGUCAUGGGACUCGGUCAGUCCAGCAGGACACUGGUCACUGAUGAUCCAGAGGAGGUCAACUUUGACCACUUUCAGAUCUUGAGAGCCAUUGGUAAAGGCAGUUUUGGGAAAGUAUGCAUUGUCCAGAAAAAGGACACGAAGAAAAUGUAUGCCAUGAAGUAUAUGAACAAACUCAAGUGCGUGGAGCGCAAUGAAGUGCGCAAUGUCUUCAAAGAGCUUCAGAUCAUGCAGAACCUGGAGCACCCUUUCCUGGUCAAUUUCUGGUACUCAUUUCAAGAUGAGGAGGACAUGUGCAUGGUAGUUGACCUGCUGCUGGGAGGAGAUCUGCGUUAUCAUCUACAGCAGAACGUGCACUUUACAGAGAGCACAGUCAAGCACUACGUGUGUGAAAUUGCCCUCGCUCUGCACUACCUGCGCAACAAACGCAUCAUCCACAGAGACAUUAAGCCAGACAACAUUUUGCUGGACGAGCACGGUCACGCUCACCUGACAGAUUUCAACAUCGCUGCUAUUGUGAAGGAGGACUUAAAAGCCACAUCUAUUGCAGGGACAAAACCAUACAUGGCCCCAGAACUAUUCCAGUCACUGGAGGGAACACACCCGGGGUACUCUUUCGCAGUGGACUGGUGGUCUUUAGGCAUCACUGCAUAUGAGCUUCUCCGUGGACAGAGGCCGUACAUCAUGCGAGCCAACACACCAGCCAAUGAGAUCCUGCAGACUUUCCACAAAGCGCACCCCUGUUACACCGCCGCCUGGUCUACAGGGAUCAAAUCACUCUUACAAAAGCUGCUGUGUGUCGACGCUCAGAAGAGGAUUUCCAGUCUCUCGGAGCUCCAGGACCUGGAAUACCUCUCUGAUGUUAACUGGGAUGCUGUGCUUAACAAACAAAUCCCACCUGGCUUCCUCCCUAAUAGGCGGCGACUAAACUGCGACCCCACAUUUGAGCUGGAGGAGAUGAUCCUGGAAUCCAAACCACUGCACAAGAAGAAGAAGAGGCUGGCGAGGAAGACGAGGGAGAGCGGCUCUGAUGGAUCUCCUCAGAAUGGACAACUCCAGCAGCGCUUAGAGACUGUGCAACGAGAUUUCAUCGUCUUCAACCGGGAGAAGUUGAGGAAAACCAAAGCAGACACUGUGACAAACAACCUCAAUGCAGAAGAGACAAACAAAGCCAUUCAAGAUGGACAGAACAACAACGUAGAGCAGUGUUUAUCAGGCUAACAUCUGGACCCUCCACGGCGUUCCUCCUUCUCUCAAGCUAACGGCGGACAGCCCUGGACCCCAGCAUGAGAAAAUCCACGGGAAGAUCACCGAUUCUGGAUGGAAGCAUCGACCUGGUGUGACCCUCGUGCUCUGACUACACAAUCACACAUAUAAAGAAAGAACUGGACGAUGAUGCUCUCUGCAGCUGGCUGUGAAAUGUGUGCCUUACUAGUUUAAUGGAGUUCUCGAAUGCGUUUGGAGGCACGUGAAGAUUUGCCGCUGUCUGAUUCAGCGAGUGGUGAUUAUAAAGCUGCGCUUCUUAACAUACACAUGCAGAGAACAGAAUGUGAAGGUAUUCAUCUCACCUCAUUAUGCCUCUGUGAUUCAUUCAAUCAGAAAACUGUCAUCCAUGCCACUGAGAGCAUAAGCUGACCUUUCUGUCUCUUUAGCGUUUUUUUGGAGAUUCAUUGCUGGAUCUCACACUGUGCUGCUGAAUAAGAUACGAACCACACUGUACAGAUCAAAUAAUAAUAAAAUCAUUUAAUAGCAUCGUCUGGCAAGUCUAAGGUUUGCACAGCCUAGGAGUAUUCACACAAUGUCUGGCUCAUUUAUUUAAAAAAAAUCGGGCCUAAUAUUCUGUUCAUAUGAAGUUUUUUGUGUGUGUGUGUGUGUGUGUGUUUUCCACAUGUGAAAAUUUAACCUGUAUUUUAAAAUACACAUUGCAUUGUGCUUUAGAGUUAAAGAAAAAUGCUCAUAAACUAAAUGAUGAUGUCAUGGCAGAAAUUUACCAGUGAAGUCUGGUAAAAAUAAUCCAACAAUUAAUCAUUACCGCCAUCUAGUGGUCAGGUGAAUAUUAAAUAUUACUGACAAUCUACCCACAGUGCUGUUGAACAACAACAGCAAUUCUGAGACAUAUUAGAAAUGUCAGGUUUAAGCUAUAUAUAUAUAUAUAUAU